UUUUUGCGACAACCGCUAUUGGGCAAUGCAGUAGGCGCAUGAAAUCGACCGCGCGCCUACGAAGCAACGCCGCGCCGGUGUACAAGGUCCAUCCCGGCGCCGCGACCGCCGCCGACGAUGACGCCAACGAGCACGACGAUCGACUGCGGCACAACAAGGAAUUCAUCGAAGAGGAGACGUUGCUGGCCAUUUCGGCGAUUGUUAAAUGGUGGCGCCUGCGUCGUCUGCACGCGCGCAUCAAGAGCAAAUGGACGCCCGAGCAACUCCGAGAGCUGCACGAGGCCCAGCGAAGGAAGCGGGUGCAAGCUCGCGUACGAGACAUCUUGGUCUACUGCGCCUACCUCUAUAUCUUUUGGAUCACGACGCUGGCAUCGCAUAAGGACGCGAGCCCCUACUAUUUCACGCGCAGCCUUCGCGGGCUCUUCGAAGACACCCUCUUUACGGUGCGCGGCAGUGCGACGCCCAUAACGUUCCACGACAUUCGAUCAACGGACCAUGUCCACGCGUGGCUGCAAGGACCGCUCCUCGCUGGUCUCUACGGCAACAGCACUCCGACGACAGGCACGGUGCUGGGCGGAACGGGUCAGCUCGUUGGCGCGGUGAGUAUUGGAACGCUGCGUGUCCAGCGCCACGACUGCACAAGCGCGCUUCCAGCCGGCGUCGUCGCCGACUCGUCGACGUAUUACUGCUACGGCACGACGGGGGCGGGGCUCUUCAGCACGGACGUCGAGUCGACGUCGGCCUUUGGCAGCAAGAACGGCUCAGACUUUGCCUAUGACCACGUGGCCAGCGUCGCGAGCUGUCGGACCAAGUUUUUUUCAACCAUCGCGUCCGAGACGUCGACCGCCACGUACCCGUGCCCUGGCUUUGUGCAGCUCUUAUCCCACGCCAAUGCGUCGGCGGCGUCUCUCUCCGUGUCCAAUCUCCAAGCACAUGGGUAUGUGGAUGCGGCGACGCGCACGCUCCUCGUCGAAAUCAACGUCGCCAACGUCAUGCUGCGUCGCAUCGUCGUGCUGCGCUUCCUCUUCGAGUUCCCCCCGUCCGGGGGCGUCUUGCCGUCCUCGAAUGUGCUGCUCGCACCGUACGCCAGCGCAUCGUUUGAUUUCGAGACGCAGUGGUCGGUGGUGCUUCUCGGUCUCUUUUAUGCCUACUUUGUCAUGCGACUGCUGUACAUGGGUCGGCGCGACGGGUGGCAGGCGUUCCGAAGUCUCGCCCCGUGGGUUGACGCGAGCAACAUCUUGUGCUACAUUGUCAUGUGGCUGCUUCGGACGACAAUGGGUCUGGACAUGCCGAGCACGCAGCUCCAAAGCGACGCGUUCAGCAGCUUUGCACCGUACGCGACGUUCAGCCAGCUCAGUGACGGCUUUGCGGCAGCGACGGCGUUCCUGAGCUUUCUCCGCCUCCUCCUUUUGCUCGACAUCAUCCCGCACGUCGCACUGAUUGUGCACGUGGUCGUCGCGUCGGUCGCCGAGGUCUCGGGCUUCCUCCUCACGUUUGGCCUCGUCGUCUACGCCUAUGCCACGGCGUUCGUGCUCGUCUUUGGCAAUGCGGCAGCCGACUUUCGCACGGUCCCGACGGCGUACUCGUCACUGCUGCGGUCGCUGGUCGGCGACAUCAACUACGCCGCGCUCUCGUCGGCCAACCCCGUCGCAGCGCCGCUCUUCUUGGCGGCCUUUACGCUCUCGGCCGUGUAUGUGUUUUUGACGAUUCUGAUUGCCAUCAUGCAAGACGCGUACUGGAAAGGCAAGGAAAAGACCGACUGGGACCGCGUCAGCCUCGUGUUUGAGACUGUGAGCUACGUCUGGUCGAUGUGCAAUAGCAUGCUGCGCCUCCUCGCCAACUGGUUUGGGGUGCGCGCCGCGCUGGAUGCCAAGGCCAAGACACCCAAGCCGCAAAAAGGCGCCACUGCCGUCGCGACCGCGGCUCCGUCGAAGCGCCUCUCGAUGGUGCAGACCAUGGUGCUCAAGCCCCUUCUCUCGACGCAAGAGACGCUCACGCGCGUCGGGUCGCAGCUCACAAAGAACCAGCUCAUCAAAACAAGCGUUCAAUCGCUCAAGAAAGGGUCGAACGUCAUGACCAGCGCCAAGGGCCACCUCGUGGCCCAGCUUACGUCGGCCAAUAUGUCGUUGGCCAACAUGAACCAAGGGAGUAGCGAAAACCACUUGACGUACUCGCAAGGCGCCGUCAACGACGAGCAGAUCAAGGCGCUGCAGGGUAUGAUUGUGCAGCUGGCCCACCAAAACACAAAGAUCCAACACACGUUGGGACAGCUCCAGGCGCAGCUGGCGGAUCUGCGAGGUGACCGCCCGCCCAGCGACGGCACGUCCAGCAUCGAGAGCCAGGCGGAGACGCACUUGGGAGCUGCCACCACGUCCCUCUAACUUAUUAUUUGCUUGUCUCGUGU